ACUUUGGGUUUCCAUUCAAUACAAUUUUACUUUAGGAUCUCGCAGCAGAGAUUCUCUUGGUCCGACGAUCUACACUGAAAUUCCCCGAGCAGACCGCACUGAUCAAGGAGAAACCCCCCUUUCCACAGAUUGUCGAUCAACUUGACCAGUAGCAACCAUGGCCGACGCAGAGUUGGAAGAGAUCAGACGGGCCCGCAUGGCUCAGCUCCAGCAACAGAGCGGUGGUGCACGCGGCGGGCCAGGUGACGGCCAAGAAGAUCAGAGAAAACAAGCUGAAGCCGACCGCCGUGCCUCCAUUCUGAACCAGAUCCUCGAACCGGAAGCCGCCGACCGCCUGGGCCGCAUCCGCCUCGUCAAGGAAUCGCGCGCCAUGGACGUGGAGAACCGCUUGAUCAUGCUCGCGCAGACCGGCCAACUGCGCCAGAAGGUGUCGGAGGACCAGCUGAAGCAGCUGCUCAACGCCAUGGCCGAGAACCAGCGCAAGGACGAGGAGGAGCACAAGAUUGUGAUCUCGCGGCGCAAAGGUGGCUGGGACGACGACGACGAUCUGUUGGACUUGUAGAGGCGACAACAACAAAUCUGAUGUGAUGAAGUGUUAUUAGCGAGAGAGACGUUUGACGUCCGCAGGUGAUGAUGAUGGUCUUUUGCAGUCUCUUUUAUGAUACCUUUCGCCUGCUCCUCUUUUCUCCGGCCCAGUCUAGAUUCUGGGUGAACCAUGCAUGCGCUUUAUGUUUGGGUUAUUGGCUCUGCAGCGGUGGCGGGAAAAAUGGCCUCGAUAUGAAAAGCUACUCUUACGCCUGCUUCGUGCGGAAGGCCGGCUUGCGUAC